AGAGGUUACUGGCUGUCAUGUCUUGGGAUGUGAGAUGUAUCACAGGCUUGUGACAGGUUAGUGGGAGGGCCCUGACCAGAGGGCUACUCAUCUUCCAAAUCACAUCACUGGAUCUAUGAGGUGUCUCGUCUUAAAAUAGCCAGUCAGAGAGUAUAAAGAUACCCACAGGGAGGCUUGGCCUUCAGAGAAACAGCUCCACUGUUGAUACACAGAAGACCCUAGAGAGCAAGAGAGCCACACUGAGAAGAACUGACUGCAGAUCAACAACUGAUUUAUCAUAUAUUUACGAGAAUCUGCUCUGAUUUUUAAGACUUGAAGGAAGUCAAACUUAAUUGUUGUGAGUGUGCUGUCAGAAUUUUUCUGCAAGAACAAAGUGAAGUCUGACUGACGAGGAUGAAGUACUACCAGUGCCCCGUGUCCCAGACCAUGGGAAUCAAGGCUUACACCAAGAACUGUAGUGUCCCAGUCAGCUGCAAGAGCUCUGCUUCUUUGAAGCCAGUCCGCAGCGUCCACUUCCCCAAUGACAUCCUUUUCCAGGACUAUGUACGACAUGGUGAGCUGGAGAGGAUUGGACUUUUCAUCCGAGCCAGGAGAGUCAGCCUGGACACCAUCUACCACUCUGGCAUGGCUGCUAUUCAUGAGGCCGUCCUGUCCGGGAACCUGGAAUGUGUGAAGCUGCUGGUCCACCACGGAGCAGAUAUCCACCAGAGAGACGAAGAAGGAUGGACCCCUCUGCACAUGGCCUGCAGCGACGGCUUCCCGCACAUUGCACGCUACCUUCUCUCACUGGGUGCUGACCCUGAGCUAGAGAACGACUGUGGGGAGAAGCCGGCGGACCUCAUUGACCCCGACAACAAGGAGCUGCUGGAGCUCUUCGGGCUAGCUGUUAAUGACUGAAAACACCUGGCUUUUGAAGCCAAAAACCCACCUGAAAGCUAAUGCCCAGUCAUCUGACUGCUCUGCAGCAGUGCACAGAAAAGGACACGUCAGUCCAGAAUCCUGAUUUUGUGAGCUGCCUCAGCUCAUGAGGUCAAGGACUGUGGAUGUCUGGGUGGAUAGAGGACUGACAGAACUCGUUGGCUGCCUCCUGAGUGGAGUAAACUUUUGCUGGAAGAGGAUCCCCUCUGAUCUCCAGCCGCACAGAUUUAUUGUAUCCUGUAGGAGCUUCAAAUCCUUUUGUACUGCAGAGAACUGAAUCAAUCAUUUGAUUUUAAGCUGUUGAUUUUAUUUGGCACAUUGCAGGAAUUAAGAGGGCUUCUCAGUGUUGUGAAACCUGAAGCUGUUGUUGCCGCUCAGCCCAUUAGCACCUCUCUGACAGCAUGCCCUCCCCUAUAUGCUAAGAUUAGAAAAACCAAACAAGCUUGUGUUGUCUGCUUUAUAAACACAUUUGUUUACUCUAAUGAACUGUAUCACUUGUAGUUGUUUGCAAAUGACUUUUUAUACUUUUUUAAAUAAAGUUUAUCAGACAGAACCUCUAACUUUGUCUACCAUUUCCCAGAACAGUGUGAGACCAAAACAAAUCAAGUGCUGCAAUAAACGUGAAUGAGUGUCA